CGCGCAUGCGCUUGCGCGCCCUGCUCCUGGGCUGAGGAGGCGGUGCUAGGACCGAGAAUUACGAUGCGACGACAGGACGCUGCGUACGCGGUACGUGUCCCGUGCUGACGCACGGAUAGGGGCAGCUGCCUGCCCAGGCCCUAGCAACGGGGGCGGACCUGGCCGGGCUGGGAGCAGCCGCUCGACGCCGCCAUGGCUGAGGGCAAAUCCCUCUUCCGGGAGGUGCUGCCCAAGCAAGGGCAGUUGUCAGUGGAGGAUGUGGCUAUCAUGGUGUUAUGUAAGCCAAAACUGUUGCCUUUAAAAUCUGUUACCUUAGAAAAGCUAGAGAAAAUGCAGCGAGCCGCACAGGAGACCAUUCGCCAGCAAGAAGCAGCACAGAGGGAGCAGCAGCAACAAAGCCAGCAGUAGGGUCCAUGAUGGCUCACCCCCUAUUAAGAAAUAUUUCACCUAAAUAUUGUACCUUAGUUUGUGUAUAUUAAUCUAGUGAUGUUUGCUGUACAGGAAUGGUAGACAUCCAUACUAAACUUGCUUAGCUCAUGUCUUCUUAUAUUGUUCAUAUUAUAAAUGUCUGUAGAUUUUGCUUAAGAUUAGUCUGUUAGUAUACUUACUACCUUCUGUGUAGGUGGGGCUUUCAGCUUAUCUCAGCUUGAUUUCUUUUUUUAAAAGCUCCAUAAUUGUGCUGGCUU